AUGCCAACAUCAAAUAAGAUGUUUAUUGAACAAUCACAUUCAACUAUGCCACCAUCUGUUUGGUUACAUGUUAAUGGUGUUAGUUUAACAACAGAUAUUCAUCAAUAUCAACCACCAGUUCAUACAUAUGAUUAUCGAACAAAACAUUUACAAAGUCCUGUUCGAACUCCAACACCACCAUUAAUAUCAUCGCCAACUGUUGUUCCUUGUAGUAUAACAAUGAUUGAUAGGCCAUAUAAUAAUAAUAAUAAUAACAAUAUGAAUAAACAAUAUCAAAAAUUGGAUAAUAUUGAUUUGCCAAAAAAAAUUUUCAUUGAUAGACAUAUUAAAAAAGCAAAAUCAUUGCCUGGACUAAUUAAAGGCACUGCUUUAUCACGUCAUACACCUCUUCAUUCAUCAACAUUUGUAAGUCCAGCACCAACAAAUCCAUUAACAAUUAAAAUUCAAGAUGAUCAACUUCCUAAUGUUACAAUUGAUAAUGAUGAUGAUAAUUCUCUUCCAUUAUCUCAAACACUUAUCCAGCAAAGUGAUAUUCGUCGUCCACGAGUUUAUUUUGCUGAUUUUAAUAAAGUACAAAUAAUUGAAGAUAAUAAUACUGAAACAUCUCAACAACAACAACCUCAUAUAAAACGUCGUCAUCAUCGACAUCGUACGACAAAAAAAACAUUUAUUACAAAUGGUAUGAAUUAUACAUCACCAUCAAUUCAACAACCACAAACAUUACAUAAUUCUUCUCUUCCAUUAUCAUAUCAUCAAAUUGGACAAGAAUUAAAUAUUAAAAAACAACAAUCACUUCUUACACAUCGUACAAAUUCAUCACAUAGUAUAUAUUUACCUGAAAUACCUAAUCAAUCAUUAUUAAAUGAAACAUCAUUAAAUGAUAAUUCAAAUGGAAAAUAUAUUUUACAACGUGAAAAACCUUUAAAUUAUUUUCCUAAAACAAAUCAUGAUAUACCAAGUAAUUCAUCAAUGGAUAUAUUAUCUGAUAUUACACAUACUGAUGGUAAUACUCAUUCAUCAUCAAUACAUGAUUCUCAUAAUCGAACUCAUGAUUCUGAAUCAAUUGAUAAUAGUAAUGGAAUGUUACAUCUUACUAGUUCAUCAAUAUCUUCAACAUCAACCAAUCGUCAACGUUCAUUACUUCAUACAAUAUCACUUCGACAACAAUUUCAGACACCAAUUAAAAUAAAAGCAACAGGAAUUUCAUCAACAACAACAACAACAAAUAAUAAUAAUAAUAAUAAUAAUAAUAAUCAUCAUCAACAACCACAAAUAAAUAAUUCAAAAUUAAAUACAUAUCGUUCAAUAUCAUUUAAAAAUUCAACUUCAAAAACUUCUGAUGAUAAUGAUGAUUUAAAUAAAUCAUCAUUACCAAUUGAUAAUCGACCAAUAACUGCUAAUGGAUCAAUUAAACAAUUAAAACGUUCGGAUGUUAUUCAUUUUAAUUCGAAAAAUCCAUUUGGAAAUAAUACAACGAAUGAUUUAAAUGAAAUUAAUCGUCAUACAAAUAAAUCAAAUAUUCAUGAAAUAAAUCGAGAACGUUUUCGAAAUGUAUUAACUAUUGUUCGACCACCAUAUGUUACAAAUAGUAAUACUUCUUCAAAUAUGUCAUCAACAUUUACACAUAAUGAUUCAAUAACACAAACAAAUAAUCAUAAUCAAAUAAAAAAUAUUCGUUCGUCACGUAGUACAAGUGCACGUGGAUCAGUUGGAUUACAUAUUGCAUCAAAUACAAUUAUUGUUUAA